AUGUACAUCACAGAUGACAAUGAUGGUUUGAAAACAAAAAUAGCAUUGCCUGUUUACGUCAAUUAUGGUAGAAUUGAGGACUUUGAGGAACUGGAAAAACUGGGAAUUAAUGUCUCGGGAAAGAUAUGCAUUGCUCGCUACGGGAAGCUAUAUCGUGGAAACAAGGUAGAAAAUGCUCAAAUCCGUGGGGCAGUCGGAGUUGUGUUGUUUUCAGACCCUUCCGAAGUUGCCCGAAACGGUACUGAACCUCAGAACGUUUUUCCGAAUUCGUGGUGGGUCCCAGGAACUGCUAUACAGCGUGGAAAUAUUAAGCUGGUUAAAGGAGACCCUGUCACACCGAACUACCCAUCUGUUGAUGGCGCUUUCCGAUAUAAGCCGGAGGAAGUUAAUAUACCGAGGAUCCCAUGUCAACCAAUUGGUUACAAUGACGCCUGGAACAUUCUUAAAUUGAUGGAUGGUCAAGCUGUGCCGGACAACUGGAAAGGUUUACUGAAUAUAACUUAUCGAUACGGUCCUGGAUUUAAACCAGAAAACAGAGCCAGAAAACUCCGCUUGGUUGUCAACAACGAGUACACAUCGAAGGUUAUCUAUAACGUUAUUGGAGUGAUACGAGGAAUGGUGGAACCGGAUCGAUACGUUUUAGUGGGAAACCAUCGUGACGCCUGGAGUCAUGGGGCAGUUGACCCUUCAUCAGGAACUUCUCAGCUUCUAGAGCUGACUCGAGUGAUGGGGGGUCUGUUGAUGGAUGGCUGGCGCCCAAGACGCACCCUAGUAUUUGGAAGCUGGGGAGCAGAAGAGUUUGGACUGAUUGGGUCUACUGAAUGGGUAGAGGUAUGUAUAGUUACAAAACCAUGUUUAGUGAACUUCUGA